GCGAACUGCCGCAAAGCCGCGAAGCUGGAGAACGAGGAUAUGGGCGGAUCAUGGGAGGAGGUGCCGCCACUGGGCUCGGGCGCGCCAGCGCCGACGACUCGCCCUCCGACGUCAACGAGACUUACGCUGCGGCCGAUGCCGCCGUCGGCUCGUCUGAUACAGCACCGGGACACGAGGGGCAACAUGUUCCACGCGGUCGAAGGCUCGGAGCUGGGCAAGAGCAUGAAGCGCCUGGCGGACACCUUCCUAUUGGAGCAUCUGCCGACCUGGGAGAUGUGGUCCAGCAAGCUCCUGCAGCAGUGGACGAUGUGCCGCCGCUGGGGGCGGGUCAUCAUGAAGGUCUUCCUCAAGACGAUCGACCGGGUGACCUGGAAGCUGGACAGCAUCGGCCUACAUGUGCAGCUGCGGCCCGAGAAGUGCCCGACCUGGCCGGCGGAGCUCGAGCAGCGUGCGAAGAUCGAGCCAUGCCGCCCCAGGGCGGAGGCGAAGCAGAGGUCAGCCGCCUCCGCGGCCGCGCGCGAGCAGAAUCAGGAGCUGAGGGCCACCAUCGAGACCGCGAAGUGUGAUUUCUCGACCAAGUAUGCGACGGUGGAUGCGUUUGCAGCACUCAGCUCGGAACAGAUCUACGAGAAGCUCAACAUGGAGACGGCCAAGAAGAAACCGGAUACCAAGAAGGUGGAGACGGUGCCUACCGUCGUAUGCCCGGCGAUCCCAGCGCGCUACGCGCAGAUGUGCCAGCGCCCGGACUGCCAGCAGCAGCGGGGCAUCGCGAAGAACGAGCCGAUCGUGAAGGCGAAGCCCUUCGGGUGGCGCCACCAGGCGUGCGGGAGCAGGGCGAAGGACUCCAACCUUGGCCAGGUCUGCGACGAGAAGGGCGACCACUGCGAGAGGCUCGGCCUGUUCAACGACUGCGACCUCAGCAAGCCGCAGGGCUACCACAAGGCGAAGUUCCUGCUGGACGAGAAGCGCCCGGAGCUCCUCGUCAGCACUCCCCCCUGCGGGCCGUGGUCGAUCAUGCAGAACGUCAACCAGCGCGACGACAAGCAGAAGGAGAAUCUGCGCAGGGAGCGACUCAAGAGCCAGCGGAUCUUCGAGAACAACAAGAGGUUCAUCGAGCAUCAGGUGCUCCACCUGAAUGGCUCGGCCCUUGCCCAGCAGCCACGCAACAGUCGGUCGUGGCAGAAGACCUGCUGGAAGGACCUGCACAAUAUUCUCCCCUGCGAGGUGAUCGUAGACGGCUGCGCCUGCGGACUCAGAGCCCCGGACACGGGCGAGCUCAUGAAGAAGCGCUGGAAGUUCUUGGCGAACGACGAGGACGAGACGUACAUUCCACCACUAGACGGCAAGGAGUCACACAACCUCACAAGCGAUACAGUCAAGAAGCUCGAGAGCUACAUCAGGCUGGUGCACGCCAACCUGGGGCAUCUACCUCAAAAUGUGUACGAGGUUUUGUUCGACGCCUUUUCUUGGAUACGUCGCAGCGCGAAUGCUAACGUGAUGGCGCUAGCGAUCCUCGACGCUGGCUUGGACAUGCUCUGCGCACGGCUUGUCGACGAGAAGGCGACCCCGGGGACGCGCCGACGUUAUGACCCAGCUGGGAGCGCCAUCUCCGACGAGUUCCGCGAGUGGAUCGAGAGCCAUGGAGCCAACUGCCUCCCAUGUGCUGCCGACGCCCACUGGCAGAUCGGCAAGAUCGAACGGGCGAUCGAAGCUUUCAAGGAGGCCCUCGACGCCAUCGACGAGAUCGACGGCUUCAGUCCGCUGCAGCGCUAUGCGGGACGGACACCCACUGGCACCGCGGUCAACCUAUUCGACGAGCCGAGCAACCUGCCGCUCAUCAGCGCUGAGCUGCUGGAUGGUACCUUCAGCAGGGGCGCUCAAGUACGACGGGGAGCACGGCUCGCUCACAUCCAAACGGAGAACUCCGACCGAGUCAAGCGCGCGGAGUCCGCGCGAUUCAGAUCGUUCAAGAAGUACGAGACGGGUGGCUCCCACCUGGAGCUUGGCGCAAGAAAGGACAAGACCCGACCAGAGGAAAACUAG